CCAUCAUUGGGGAACUCCCAUAUCGCAUACUGUCGCACAUUUCACUUCCGUAUCUUCCGUCGCCUAUUAGAGGCGCCAUCGUAUCUCAAGAUGGAGCGUAGUCGUGGCGUUCCGGAUGAGGAGAUGUUUCUCAGCAAGCCCGCCCCUGAAGACUGCGACAGCCCUACCGUUGAACCUUUGCGCAUAUUCAAACCUCAGAGCCCCCAACCCGCAAAAGAUGGCAGAUCCUCUGCUUUCCGAUAUCCUGCGCCUCCUUCGUCCACAUCUCCCGCCUCUAAGCACUCAUUUCCUCUUCCUCCUGGCGCCUCCAGCUCUGCGGCUCCCUUGCCGUUCCCGGACGACGACGACAUUCGCAAACCAACUCCUGCGAAGCCCUUCGGCUCCGCAUACAACGACACCAGCCCUCGACUAGAAACUAGCCCACCAGGAAAGAAACCUGGUCUCGCUGAGCGAAGAGGGGCUGCUCCAAAACCUAUCAGCUCUCCCACAAGUCCUGACGCCGACACCGAUCUUUUUCAACGUCCUCUGGCCGAUAGCCACCGCCCUGGCUCCUCUAACAACAAUUAUCCCAGCUAUCAAAAAACGUACUAUCCGCCACCUGGUGUUGCGUCUGGCUCAUCAAGCAAUGCACCAGCUCAGCCUGCCGCUGUCCAACAACUCAAGAUGAACGACCAAGGAGUAAAUCGCUUUGCUUCAACUGCCUCAACUUCAACGACCCGUGCAAGCCGUGGCUCGCCUCCCCCUCCUGAAACCCCGAUUGUGGAGCCCGGACAGGCGCCGGCUGAUGCUAUUGAGGCCCGUUAUGCCGCCGCUGGUAUCUCCGGAACUGCUACCCUUAACAGCCUGGGCGCCCCCAGUGCGGCCGCUUCCCAGAGGCUCGCGCAGUAUGGAAACCAACCUCCUCCUCAACGACCAUGGACACCCACCGAGACCCCAGACCAAGCGCCAUCCGGUCCUCCGACUGUGUACCAGGGCAUGAAUGCUAUUUCGAGUCCGGCACAGUCACAUCAGUCGUUUAGUCCUCCCCCACAACCCGAACAGCAACAACAACAAAAGCCACAGCCACAAGGGCAAGGACAGGGUCAGGCGCAAGUCAGUGUGUUGGAGCAAGACUUCCAACGUAUGAACACCAACUCGCCCCCUCCUGCAUACUCGAGUCUCAACCCUGGUGGAAACUCGUCCUAUCCCAACGAGAAGCAACGGCCCCAGCAAGCCGGCUCAAGUUCUGCCGCUGCUCAGCCUCAACAGCAGGCGACUACAUCGACAGCGCCAACGAAGGCCGCCGCGGUAGCUGCAGCCUCAACUGUUGCUGGUGGACUUGCUUCGCCUGCUCUUCAGCACCCAGGCCAUCCUGCGUUUGCCAACGACCCUCACCCUGCGUUUGCGAAUGAACCGCACCCUGAGCAGAAUGGGCAACCGUCUCAGCAGCAAGUCGUUGCCCCUGCCCAGACCUUUGAAACCCAGAACCCAGCCUCACCUCCACCCCUGCCUGAGGGAUGGAUCGCCCAUUUGGAUCAAAAUUCCGGACAAUACUACUAUAUUCAUCUGGCAUCCCAAGCUACGCAGUGGGAGUUCCCCAAGGGACCAAAUCCCAUAUCUCACGAACAAGCUCCUCUCUCGCCAACCGCUUCGACUUAUGGAAACCCUUUGGCAUCGCCAAUGUUUGGCAAGCAAGCCAUGGCCUCUCCGAUGUUCCCACCGCAUACCCCUGGCUAUGCUGAGAGUAUCAUGAGUGUAGCGGCUUCAGCGACACCCACAGCCGCCGGAUUUACUGGUCCUCCACCAAGCGCGGGUGUUGAUAUGUACAGAAUUCAACCUACGAAUGGCGUUUACUUUGGCCCCUAUCUACGAUAUGUUAACAUGGAUAUCGAGAAGGGCCUUUGGCUGGGUAGUAUUCUGAUUGUGACAGAUGCUCCUCAACCACCCACAAUCCAUAUUCACCUGAGCCACGACCUGGCACCCAAUCCACGACAAGCCGAGCCUCGCCCAAUUUUUACACACCAAAGAUGGAAGUUUUAUAAAUAUGAUUUAGAACUGCCCAUGUCUGAGGCUGGUACUGAGCGUUGGACAUAUGCAGUUACCUCUCACCUUGGCUGCACACGCUAUGAAUUCGUCGUGGCUGGGCGUCAAGAGACUAGCUGGCGCUUUAUUGCACACUCCGGCAACGACUUCGCUGCAGGCACUUCACAGAACGAGCGAGCUAAGCUUGGCGGGGUUGGAUUCAUGUGGAAGGACGUCCUCCAGAAGAAUGUCGAUUGUGGUGGCUUUCAUGUUCAGUUAGGGUUGGGAGACCAGAUCUACGGUGAUCGUUUGUGGAAAGAAGUCCCUCUCCUCAAGCAGUGGCUUGCCAUGAGCGGACGUGACAACAAGAAGAACGUCCAGUGGACAGCGCGGCAUGAAGAGGAUGUCGCACACGCAUACUUCCACUACUACACCAGCCACUUUGAUCAACCAUUCCUUCGUGAGGCCUUUGCGCAAAUUCCCCACGUCCUGCAGAUUGACGACCACGAUAUUUUUGAUGGAUAUGGCUCAUACCCAGACUAUAUGCAAUCUUCACCCAUGUUCAAGAACAUUGGACGAAUUGCGACAGAGAUGUACCUGUUGUUUCAGCACCAUACCACUGUCGAGAUGCUACGGAACGUCAGCACCGAUCACGACAUAUUCACCAUCACUGGAACUGGUUGGCAUUUCGUGAAGUACCUCGGACCGGCUGUGGUGGUUGUUGGCCCUGACUGCCGAUCCGAGCGUACCCAAGCCCAAGUAAUGGCAGGCCCGACAUACCAAGGGAUUUUCCCCAAAGUUGCUACACUUCCUCCAAGCGUGCAGCAUUGUAUCUGGAUGAUCUCGGUACCACUUGUGUAUCCACGCCUGGACACUGUGGAGAGCCUUGCCAACACAAUGGCUGCAGGCAAAAAGGCAGUCAACACAACCUACAACAUUCUGGGUAAGGUCACGAGCUCCGUUGCAGGCGUAGUCGGCGGUAAAGAUGUGGUUGCACAAGGCUUCUCGCAGGUGAAGAAGGCUGUCGGAAAAACUGGUCUCAUGGGUAAUGUCUUGAACCAGUUUGGCGAGCUUGACAUUCAAGAAGUGCUCAAGGAUAUGUGGACUCACGACACUAAGGACCUAGAGAGAACCUACUUAAUCCGAACUCUGCAAGGCAUUGCACAACAGAAGGGAAUCAGAAUGACCUUCCUCUCUGGAGACGUCAAUGCCUCAGGAGCUGGGUUGGUUCACGACCCCACACACCCUGGUGAUCACAAGACCAUGUACCAGAUCAUCUCAUCCCCUAUCGUCGCGGCACCUCAGAGCAACUAUGUGCUCAAGAUGCUGCACAACCAAAAGACGCUUUACGUACCUCAGAAUGGCAAGAAGUCAACGCACGAGGUGUCAGACACAAAAGAAGAUAUGAUGGAGAUCUUCCAUUCUGAUGCCAGUGGUGCCGCAAGAGAGCUCAAAAAGCUUAUGGGUCGUCGAAACUACGUCGCCUUUGUUUCAUACGACCAAGACGCAGCGGCAGCAGUGCCCCAGACACCGUUCAGCCCUAACCCCAGCCUGAACGGCUCGCAACAGGGCCUGUCUAAGGUGAGCCUGGCCGUCGACUUUGUUGUUCAGGGUGACGGAGCGUUCACGGCACCAACUAAAUAUGGUCCUGUCAUCAUCCCUCAUUUGGAAUAUGGACGAUGAAUCAGUUGGGUGUAGUUAGAUUCUUAGGUAAGGGCACUGAUUGGAUUUUGCCAUUUAUAUUGCACAUAUAGCGUUUCUACGAUAUUA